UUCAGAUGACACUGGACGACUCCUCGGGAGUUGUUGCAGAAGGCGAUGGAGGCGGAGCGAAUGGUUUGCCACAUGGGGUCAGGCCACGCCCACAGGUGCCGCCGAAACCUCCGAUCGACACGCUUCGAUACAGCAUGAACAAUAUCAAAGAAUCGGCUGACUGGCAACUCGAUGCUCUGCUGGAAGAGCUCUCAGCUCUCGAAACACAGCUGAACUCGUCCAGCGGCGGUGAUCAGCUCCUUCUGGGUAUCCCUUCCUUACCCUCUGGAUCCACAGUGGCACAACAUCCAGAACGGAAACCGCCACUACCGACUACUCAGCAUCAGUCACAUCCCCAGCAACGAGUGAUCGACAGUAAGGAGGACGUUAGGGUCCCGCUACCUGCCGUAUGUGCGCCAUCGUCGUGUUCGUCACCAGACGGCGACAGUGCCUUUGGCGAUGCCUCUUCUACAGAAUCAGCCAGAUGCCGAAAUUCUGCGUUUUCCAGUAAUGAUAGUUGUCGUGACUCAUUACAUACUCCUAGUCCCACACAGAUUUCACCACGUUCCCCCGAACUCACAGCUGAUGAGGUGAAAGCGGCGAAAAUCAAGCAAGCGUUGGAGAAGAUGCGCGAAGCAAAGAUUACUCGAAUAUUCGUGAAAUUUUUCGUCGAAGAUGGAGCUCCGCUGCAAAUGCUUGUCGAUGAACGAUGGACAGUGGCUGAUACAAUGCAACAACUUGCUGACAAGCAUCACAUUACUUUAUGCGAAGAUCAUUGCAUUGUUGAGGAGUUCCCCGAUCUAUAUAUACGUCGAAUUUACGAAGAUCAUGAGAACCUUGUCGAGAACAUCCAACUAUGGGUUCAAGACUCCCCAAAUAAGCUGUACUUUAUCCGUCGUCCAGAUAAAUACCCAUUCAUAGAUCGGCCUGAACUUUAUCUCGUGACGGAGAAGACCGCCGAUCUUGAAGUACCACCUGGAGAUAACUGGACAAAGGAAGUGAAGACCCAGUUCGUGCAGGACUUCUUCACGCGUGAAACUGUGUCACCUCCUGAACUUGAAGGAUUUCUGCACCUGAAAUCAGAUGGAAGGAAAAGCUGGAAGAGGCAUUACUUCGUUUUGAGACCCAGCGGUCUCUAUUAUGCUCCAAAGGGAAAGAAAUCAUCGAAAGACUUACAAUGUCUCAUGAACUUGCAUUCAAACCAAGUUUACACUGGCAUCAACUGGGUGAAGAAGUACAAAUCACCGACGGAAUGGUGCAUUGCUAUUAAGCUCACGGCGUUACAAAUGAAGCGGUCGCAAUACAUCAAAUAUAUCUGUGCCGAUGACGAAGCUUCAUUCAGAAGAUGGCUAGUGGGAUUACGAAUUGCCAAGAAUGGCGCUGACCUGAUGACGAACUAUGUGCGGGCAUGCGAGCGUCGACGAGAAGCACUGUCUACGCAGCCAGUUUGCGUGCCUCCUCCACGUGUUGCUUCCUCCGUGUCACAGCAACCGAUCAACGUUAACCUCCGUGAGCAUGGUCUUUCUUCUUCGUGCUCUUCCAGUCGGCAUGAUCUUGGAUCGAAUUACUCAGACCACGGCGGCAAGCCUUCCGCUUUGCACUCUCCAUCCCAAAAUAGCCGUCUGAGUGCUUUAUCAAAUGAUCGAUGCAUGAGCGCCGCUAAUUCUACGGCUAUCAUCUUCCACGAAUAUGAUGAACAACCCACUGGUACAAUCAAACGUGCUCCGCUCGACGUCCUGCGCCGAGUAAGUCACUCAUCAUCAUCAAACGGAACGCAGUCAAUUGGGACACCUGACGAUGAAGAUUCAGAUGAAGAAUUCCCUGCGCCUCCACCAGUAUUUAGCCGAACGUCAACGCCUAGUCAACCCGAAGCUGCCCGUGUUGCUCCUGCUGCGCCACCGAAGCCAAUUCGACAGUCAGUAGUGUCUCCCAAUACGUCACCCAUGAAGCAUCAACCUCCAGCCUCUCCACAACAAGUGUUCAGUCCGACACCACAGACUAAUACUCCUACGCCGAAAAAAGCACCACCUCCACCUCCGAAGCGCUCCGAUGCUACGCGAAUACUUUCCACGCCACCAACGCGACAUAUGAGCGAUUUGGAAGCUGCUUUGGCAAGAAGACGAGAGAAGAUUGCACAGAGUUGAAAAGCGAAUCGUCAGUCUACUGUUUGUACAUCUCAUUUAUUCUAUGCUCAAUUCUGUGUGCAGCACUCCAUGAAAUAUCUGCCAUUAUAUUGUAGAUUGUCAAUGUCCUCUUAAUAUUUCCAUUCAUGGUGGCGUUACACUUGUAGAUCUAUCAUUUUGCACUGAGAAUGCAGACUAAACUUCCUUUCCAUUUUGAUGACGCACUGUUCCGCUUACUUUCACCAAAUUCCUCACUCUCAUAUGCCAUGUGUUGUCAAUUUAUGAAUUGUAGAAUUUCAUAUUGCUUAUCGAUCCGUGUCUGAUCACUAACUGCCGGUGUACUUCUGUUUAGUUCAUUGAUUGCAUCAUAAGGUUUGUAGAUGUAAACUCUUAUUGAAUUAGAUUUUUGUAUCAAAAUGCGCUUCUCGACCAAAAUCAUUGCGGAAUGUUCAACAUGCUAGCUCCCUGGCAGGGUGCGCUAGAAUUUGAUUAUUUAUGUAUUUGUUAAUAAAGAUUCU